AUGAAACACAUACCAAGUCAUGUCAAAGAUAAGUAUGAAAUACUUAGUGUUAUUGGUGAAGGUUCAUAUGGUGUGGUCCUCAAGGCUCGAAAGAAAGAUACAAAUACAACAGUUGCUAUUAAACAUUUUAAACAAGCACCAGGAUAUUGCACUGAUAUGGAUAUAAUUGAACGUGAAUUAAAAAUUCUUCAGUCGCUUCGAUUUGUAAAUGUCGUUGAAUUAAUCGAAUGGUUUCGUGAUAAAAAGCAAUGUUUUCUUGUAUUUGAAUAUGUCGAAUGGAAUAUGCUACAAGUUCUACAAGAACAUCCUGAUGGUUUAGCAUUAGAACAAGUACGUCAAUUGUCAUAUCAACUGUUUAGUGCUAUACAUUGGUGUCAUACACAUGAAAUAAUUCAUCGUGAUAUUAAACCGGAAAAUUUACUAAUAUCAAAAAAUUUUGUUUUAAAAUUAUGUGACUUUGGCUUUGCAAGAUUUUGUAAUACACAAACACCAGCGGAUUAUUACACCGAUUAUGUUGCAACGCGAUGGUAUCGAUCGCCAGAAUUACUUAUCGGAUCAAUAAAGUCUCAAGUGUUUGUACUCGAAGAGAUGAAGGCAAAAGUUUAUCUUGAAACUAAUUUUAGAUCAGCUUAUGGAAAACCAGUUGACAUCUGGGCAUGUGGAUGCAUUAUGGCGGAACUUACAACUGGCCAAGCUCUAUUUGCUGGCGAAAGUGAUAUUGAUCAGUUGUAUCGCAUUCAAAAAUGCUUAGGACCCUUACCACCUAAAUAUAUGGAAGCAAUGAAAAUAAAUCCAAAAUUCGACGGAUUGAAAUUUCCUCCUAUCCAUCAUUUGGAAACAUUAGAAAGACGUUAUGGUCACAUAUUUCCAUCGGACAUUAUGCAUUUAUUUAAAGCCACUUUACGUUUAUAUGCUCCAGAUCGUUUAACAGCUGAAGCAUGCAUUCAACACGAAGCAUUCGUUUGCUUAAAUCAAAAACAACAACAACAACAACAACAACAACAACAGCAGAAGCGUUUGCAACGACAACAACAUCGACCAAAAACUGUUCUCGGUUCUAUAAGUACACCACAAGGACAACAUGAACAGAGCAAUGAUAUGACUUCGUUUUCUAUACCACUUGUUGACAGUCGUUUAAGUAGAUGGUUCGAUGAAAAUGGUGAAAUUCAAAAUCGCCGCCGAUCUCCAACUAUGCCGGGCCAUAAUGGUGUCGAUAAUUCAACAGAUGUAUCAUUUGUUGCAUCUUCUUCCAUAAUUCAUUCUCAAGCGAAACAUCGUAGUAAUACACAGUUAACUGAUCGAUCAUCUAAUUCUCAUCAUCAUCGUCCGCAAUCGAAAUUUGUUCGAGCACAAUCACGAAAUCACUCAUCAUCAAGCGAUGAACGAAUUCAAAUAACUGCUGUUAGUCCACUAAGUUCAAAUAAUACAAGUGACGAUGAAGAUGAUCCAAAUAGUAUUCUUUCUCAUCAUAGUCGUCUAAGACGAAAAUAUGUUAAAAGUCGUCAGCCAACUCCGACAGCUCCACAACCACCCUCGAUAAGUCGACAACAGUCUUUUCGUGACCAACAACAAAUACCACUUCCACCAACAUCUCCAUCGUUUAGAUGUGCAUCAAAUGGUGUUUUAUUGAGACCUAAACAUAACCAACAAAGUUCAACACAUAUAUUUCACAAAUCAUCGAAAGAUAUGGGCAAAAAGCUUAAGCGAUUUACUUUAGAUACAGUUGAAAAUCGUUGGCAUCAUCCAUAUCAAACAUCAAGUAAUCAACAAAUAUCCGAAUCUAACAUCUAUCGUUCAUCAAUGGCUAUCGUGCCUAAUGUUAAUACUAAUGUAUAUAAUAUUCAAAUCAAUAACAAUAAUAAUAAUAAUAAUAAUAAUAAUAAUAAUAGCUCAUCAUUAUCAUUCAAACAUGCUCAAUUACAACAAAGAGAUGAAUCAAUUAAUGAAUCACAACAUAGGCCUAAAACACGAGAUUUAGUUCGCAGUCGAACAAUUGAUUGUCAUCCACCAUCUAUAGAAACAACACCUCUUCUUCAACGAACUCCUUCCAGACAGAAUAUUAUUUCGCAUUAUCAAAUGGUAGCCGCUGAUCCAAUGGACCAAGCUGAUGUUGAUACAACAGUUUCAACAACAUAUUCGACUAGUCGCAGUAUUGAACAACAACAACAACAGCAGCAGCAGCUACAGCAUAAUAAUAAUAAUAAUAAAUAUUCAUGGACCCCAGAACAACGAAAAUCAGUAUAUGUUAGUGAUAGUCAUAUAAUCAAUUCCAAUGGACAUAAUUCUUCUUUCAGUCGUCAAUGUCAUUCGCCUACGAGAAGUGAUUAUGCUCAUGUCAACAAAAUUGUAAUGGCACCACAGAGAGAUCCAACUCACGAUCUUAUCAAAUCAGCAAAAUCAUUAGUGAAACAAAAUGCAACAACCUUUCCAAAAACACUAAUGGAAUCUAAUCGAAGACAACAAUCAAGUAAUAAUCUCUACGGUGUUUAUCCUUAUGCCCGAACAGCCAUACUUCAUGUUGCAAAUACUGUCAUGCCAUCGUCUUUUCAACGUCAACAAUCAAUUCGUUUACCGAGUACAAAAUCCCGUCAUCAUGAUCGUUAA